CACCAGGUGUCGCACUAACAUCAGAGUAGAGCUGCUGGUUAACUGGUGUCAGUGUGUUCUUGGUGUUCAGGAGCUUUCUAACAGGAGGCCUCAUUCAGAGUGAACAUGAGGAGCUGAUACAGACCUCACAGUUCAGUUGAUAAUAGCUCAGAGUCAGUAUGUUUAUUUAAUAUCCUUUAUUCAUAUCUCUUUGAGAAAAAUCUGAUGAGCUGUACAUUUUUCCUUUUAUGGUAACAGAGGGCAUCAUAAAGUCAGACCAACACAUGAAGGCUUUCUCUCUCUGGGAGUGUUUUAUACAACUUGGAGGUGGCCUCGUCAUCACUGAAAUAUGUAUCAGAAGCAGCGGAGCUGUGGGGCUGUGGUCUCCACAACUAUUUGACCAGUCUGACCAACACCUCUCUCUCUCUCACCACCACAGGGCGUAGGGCGGGGAGAGGAAGAGGAGGCUGGGAGCUGAUUGGUGGACUAGUCGGCCGGGACGACCGGAGAGACAAACUCCAGAAAAACCAGCCGGAGAGCUGCUGCUGCUGGCGCGCGGUGGAACGGUGGAACUCUGGAACGUCCGUGCGUAAAGAGGCAACAUUGUAUGCACGGUGGAACGUUCUAACGGUGGAACGGCUGUGCGUUAAGAGGAAACUUUGUAUCGACAUGAGGAUAUUCUGGAAUGCUUUUCUACUCCGAACACAAGAGACGGACUUAUAAGGAAAAAACGCAUCAUUCUUCAUUAUUUACUGCUAUUUUUUAGAGGAGAGGAGAGGAGAGAGGAGAGGAGAGGAGAGGAGAAGGAGAGAGGAGAAGGAGAAGGAGAACGAGAGAGGAGACGCUCACAGGAGCCCGCCAAUGCGCACCUUUUGUCGGCACUUCAAAGCAAGUUGUUAAGGUUUCUUUUUUGUGUCCUCGAGCUUCAGUAAGAGAAGGUGGCAUCAUGGCUGAGCACGAGAGCCUGGAGUAUGGGAAAGCAGAUUUUGUACUUUUGGACAACGUGUCCAUGGAGGAGUUCAUGACCAACCUGAAACUCAGGUUUGAGAAGGGGAGGAUCUACACCUACAUCGGAGAGGUGGUCGUGUCCGUCAACCCUUACCGCGCCAUGAACAUCUACGGCCGCGACGUCGUAGAGCAGUAUAAAGGCCGCGAGCUGUACGAGAGGCCGCCCCACCUGUUCGCCAUCGCUGACGCCGCCUACAAAGCCAUGAAGAGGAGGAACAAAGACACUUGUAUUGUCAUCUCAGGGGAAAGUGGAGCAGGAAAGACCGAAGCCAGCAAGUACAUAAUGCAAUACAUCGCUGCUAUCACCAAUCCCAAUCAGAGGGCUGAAGUUGAAAGGGUGAAAAACAUGCUGCUUAAAUCCAACUGCGUCUUGGAGGCCUUCGGGAACGCCAAGACCAACCGCAACGACAACUCCAGCCGCUUCGGCAAGUACAUGGACAUCAACUUUGACUUCAAGGGAGAUCCAAUCGGAGGCCACAUCAGCAACUACCUGCUGGAAAAGUCCAGAGUGAUUUUCCAACAGGAAGGAGAGAGGAGCUUUCAUUCAUACUACCAGCUGCUCAGAGGAGCUCCAGAUGCCCUGCUGCGCUCUCUUCACAUCCAGAAGGACCCGACAGCCUACAACUACAUCAAAGUUGGAGGUCAAAUUAAGUCUUCCAUCAACGAUGGCGCCGAUUUCAAAGCUGUAGCCGAUGCCAUGAAAGUGAUCGGCUUCACAGGGGAGGAGAUUCAGACUGUUUACAAGAUCCUGGCCACCAUCCUACAUCUGGGCAACCUGACAUUCGGGGUUGACGGUGAUGUGACCUUGAUAGAGAGCACGAAGCUGGUGUCCGUGAUCAGGGAGCUGCUGUCCACCAAAGAAGAGAACGUGGAGAAGGCCCUGCUCUACCGCACCGUGGCCACGGGUCGAGACGUCAUCGAAAAGCAGCACACGGCACAAGAGGCCGGCUACGGACGGGACGCUCUUGCCAAGGCCAUGUACGAGCGCCUGUUCUGCUGGAUUGUGGGACGAAUCAAUGACAUCAUUGAAGUGAAAAACUACGACGCCAGAGUCCACGGGAAGAACACCGUCAUCGGGGUGCUGGACAUCUACGGGUUUGAGAUCUUCCAGAACAACAGCUUUGAACAGUUCUGCAUCAACUACUGUAAUGAAAAGCUGCAGCAGCUCUUCAUCCAGCUGGUGCUGAAGCAGGAACAGGAAGAGUAUCAACGAGAAGGCAUCCCCUGGAAACAUAUUGAUUACUUCAAUAACCAGAUCAUUGUGGAUUUGGUGGAGCAGCAGCAUAAGGGCAUCUUCUCUGUGUUGGACGAAGCCUGUAUGAAUGUGGGCAAAGUUACGGAUGAGGUUUUCCUCCAAGGACUCAAUGGCAAGCUGGCCAAACACGCCCACUACACCAGCCGCAAGCUCUCACCAACUGACAAGAGUUUGGAGUUUGACAGAGACUUUCGCGUCCGUCACUACGCAGGAGAUGUGGUCUACUCAGUGGUGGGUUUCAUUGAUAAGAACAAAGACACUCUGUUCCAGGAUUUCAAGAGACUGCUGUACAACAGUUCUAACCCGGUACUGAAAGGGAUGUGGCCUGAGGGGAAACUGAGUAUCACUGAGGUCACCAAGCGUCCGCUGACAGCUGCAACGCUCUUCAAAAACUCCAUGAUCUCGUUGGUGGAGAACCUGACCUGCAAGGAACCCUACUACGUCCGCUGCAUCAAGCCCAACGAUGUCAAGUCCCCUCUGCUCUUCGAGCAGGAGCGCUGCCGCUUCCAGGUGGAGUACCUCGGGCUGCUGGAGAACGUCAGGGUGCGGCGUGCCGGCUUCGCCUACAGACAGACUUAUCCUCGCUUCCUACAGAGAUACAAGAUGAUCUCAGAGUUCACGUGGCCAAACCAUGACUUGCCAUCAGACAAAGAUGCGGUGAAGAAGCUCAUGCAGGGCUGUGGAUUUGACCAAGACGCGGCCUACGGCAAAACCAAGGUCUUCAUCCGCACGCCGCGUACCCUCUUCAGCCUGGAGGAGCAGCGAGUGGAGAUGGUCCAGAGAAUCGUCCUCUUCCUCCAGAAGGUGUGGAGGGGCGCCAUAGCCAGAAUGCGAUACCGGCGGAUGAGAGCGGCCCUCGUCAUCCUGCAGGCCUACCGACGCUACAAGGUGAAGUCGUACAUCCGCGAGGUCAACCGGCGCUUCAAAAACGUCCAAAACAUGAAGGACUACGGCCGGCAUGUGAAGUGGCCCACGCCCCCCAAAGUCCUGCGCAAGUUUGAAGAGGCACUCAGGAGCAUCUAUAACAGGUGGUGGGCAUGGACGCUGAUCAAAGGCCUUUCUCCAGAGGAGGCCCUGCAGGUGAGGGCCAAGGUAGCCUGUCUGGAGGCCCUGAAGGGCCACAGGGCCGACUUGGGGCUUCAGAGAGCCUGGGAAGGAAACUACCUGAAGCGAGACAGCCCCGACACAGCGUCAUCAUUCACUCUGGUUUCCAGCGAGCUGCAGCGGAAAGACAAAUUCAUGAGAGUUUUGUUCUCCUGCAACGUGCGCAAGAUCAACCGUUUCCACAAGGCGGAGGACCGGGCUGUGCUCAUCACUGAUCGCCACCUGUACAAGAUGGACCCCCUGAAGCAGUACAAACCCAUGAAGAGCAUCCCACUCUACAACGUGACGGGAGUGAGCGUGUCCCCUGGGAAGGACCAGCUGGUUGUGUUCCACACCAAGGACAGCAGGGAUCUCGUGGUGUGCCUGCAGGGCAUGGUGCCUGCCAAUGAGAGCCGCAUUGGGGAGCUGGUUGGAACCCUGCUUAGCCACUUCAAGAGUGAGAAGAGGAAGCUGCAGGUGAACAUCGCCAGUCCCAUCCAGUGCAGCAUGAGCGGGAGGAAGUGCACGGUCAUCGUCGAGCCCAAGAUCAACCAGUCGCAGCCGGACUUCACCAAGAGCCGAUCUGGUUACAUCCUGGCUGUUCCCGGCAACUAAAAGGAGCCGUCAGUGUCAGCUCAUUUCGAACCAGGCCAUGAUGAUGAUGAUGAUGAUGAAGAUGAUGAUGAUUCACCUCUGAUUUCUUUUUUGCAGAGCUGCUGAUAAUGUGAUGAUUCAGAUAGCAGCUCUGUAGGAGGAUUGUGGUAAUUGAAUCCUCGAUAUGCAAAGCCAUGCCAAAUUUGACCUGUUUUAUAGAUUUCUAUGCAACGUUACUAUAAACAGGAAGUGUACAAUACGCCUACAAGCAAGAUGUCAUUAGCUAAACAGGUUGUUUUUUAGUUUUUUUAAAUGCACUACAGGAUAAUCUCCCAAAGUGGUGUUCUUUCUUUUUAAAAAUCCAAAUUUCAAGUGAUUUGCUUUGUGCAAUAUUUACAUUAUUGUAGAUUGUGGUAGUCAAGGUGAGAGGAGAUUAUGCUGCAACUGUUCUCUGAACCACUGAUGUUGCAUAAUAGGAGAAAAAAUCCAAAGGCUUUGCAGGAGUUUAUAAUCCGUGCAGCGCCCCGUGCAGGAGCCCUUAAACCCUGAAACAUGAAGUAAGAUAUUUAUGUAUGUAUGACUCUGAUUUUUCAGAUACUCGAUUGAUUAUCUGCUCUAAAUUAGAAGACAUCACUUAUUGUGAUAUGUAUUCUAAGGAAUAAUAAUGUUAAUGACCUUAAUUGAAGACUUACCUACCUACACGGUAAAUGAAAGGAAAAUGCAGCGUCCACUUUGAGUUCGUUAAAUGUUUACAAUCGCAUAAUGAGAACAGCGAGAUGCGAUUCGGUGGUUCAGUCAGUGUCUGAGGCACAAACUCCAAAUUCAUUGUUAGUUUGUUAGAUGUUGAGCCGGAUGUGUUGAGCACAUCCUGAACAACCUGCUACAUGCAAAGUGUUAAAGAUCUAUUAAUUUAAAUCCUGCUUUGUAUACUCUCUACUGCAUUGUGUGUACUUUUUAUAAUACUCUAAUACUGCUUAUAUAUUAAAGGUUAGAAUAUACUUUAUAUGGCAGCACUUAUACUGCAUUUAGUACAAAAGAAGAUGCUAUAACUGACUAACAGAAGGCAAAUAUGAAGGCGAUAACCAAAGCAUUACCUUUCUCCAAGAUGUAUUUUGAGAUGGAAGACCUUAAAGGUGCUAAAUUUGAUAUUCAGAGUGUUAAUAUAGAAUCAAACAACUAUUGUCUAUGUAAAGAUAUAGAGGAGUAAUGUCUACCUGAGCAGAGAAUGAAGUCGCUCUCCCUCUGUGUGUGUUGGAAUACGAGCUUCUCUUUGCUUUGUUUACGUAGCUGGUCCGGCUGUGCGUGCAUGUGAGUGCAUGUGAGUCAACAAACACGUCACAACUCGUGAACUCUGAGCUUUCACUUACGAGGUCGUAAAUACCACAAGAGGGGGGCGUUCAUGUGGACUCUUCUCGUGAAACAUGACUCCAUUUGAAUGCACCGGUAGUACCAACAUUUUGGCCACUAUGCUUCACAGCCUGGUGCUCUUCCUGGGGGCUUGUGCCAGCCGCCGUCUCAGCCGUCUCCAUGUUGAGAGCCACGUGGAGGCAAUCCUUCAAUCAUAGAUAUGCUCUGAUUAUUGGAUUUAGCACCUUUAAUGCUGUAGUUUAGCAGAGUGUUGCUGGCCAGUACUGUGUAAUCCCACGUGAACUCCAGCCCCUGAACAUCGUCUCAUUUGCUGUCUUUGUGUUGAGUGAAUAGCCUAGUGACUUGUAGUGGUCCUUUGGAAUAGACUUCCAUUUGACAAAUAUCCUCUUCAUCAUAGAGAAAGCCAGUGUGUGUGUGUGUGUGUGUGUGUGUGUGUGUGUGUGUUGAUUAGCUCUUCUUAGCGCUCCUCUUCUUGGCUGUGAGACUGAGAGCCUGUCUAGCGACGGAGUGGAGACAGAGGGGUGUGAAGUCUGGAAUCAGACUGCUGCCCUAGUUUACCUCCCUGUCUAAUGAUGGAAAUGACUAUUUGGAGACUUGAUUUUCAUCUGCUCUCGCUAAACUCCCCUCGCUGCUCUCGAGCCAAAUCGCACCAAUCAAAUCAGCACUUGAACACUCAGAUAUAGCUUUGUUCUGUUCUCACAAGCUGUGUUGAACAUUUUCACUCUAGUUUUCACCCUUUGGUAAGAGUUGGCACAUUACAAUAUGUUCUUUUUCCAGCCGUUGCAAAAAGAAAAACGUCUGGCAGCACAGAAGCUCAUGGUGGAGAUGUCUGGCUUCAGACUGUGUGUCUAAUAUUAACAUCAAUCCACAGAUUGAGUACGUAAAGUGCAAAUAUCAGUUUGGUAACGCUUAGGCACCAAAACUACUUGGUUAGAUUUAGCCGCCCAAACUACUUGGUUAGGUUUAGUACUACAGGACACUCCUACUACGUGAUACAUCCUUGAAAUGGUCACAGUUUGGUUAGGUUUAGGCGCCAAAACCACUUGGUUAAGUUUAGGCGGCAAAACUAGUUGGUUAGAUUUAGUACUACAGGACACUCCUACUACAAGAUACGUCCUUGAAACGGUCGCAGUUUGGUUAGGUUUAGGCGCCAAAAAUACUAGCUUAGGUUUUGGCGCCAAAACUACUCGCUUAGGUUAAGGCGCCAAAACUACUUGGUUAGAUUUAGGUAAAUUGGGUGUGUCAUGUUGCCCGUACUUUGCCGUCAACUCCAUUGAUGUAUUAUAAGAAUUGACCGGACCCCAAGAUGGUGCCUAUUCAUACCAAUGAGAAUUGCUCACCUGGCGCCUAUGCCAAAAAAGUUUUCUAGCUUCCUGGUUUACUUUCGGGGUAUGUGGCCCACUGAAUAUGUGCAGUAGUGUUUCUCCCGCUGUCUCCUAAUGUACUAAUGAAGAUCAUAUAAUGUGGUUGAAAGCUCAAGAACAGCAAAUGAAUUUUUGCCUCUUUGCAAAGAAUGUCCUCGUUGUUGAAUUUGGAGGGAACGGAUGUAUAGAUGGAUGUUUUUGUUCGUUAAAUACUAAAAUGAACUGAGCAAAUGUACUUGAUUGUAGUGUCGUCAUGGUGACGUGACAGUAAAUGUCACACAUCCUGUAGGAAGUGUAUCAUCUCUCUGCCCACGGAGACGAGGCUGUGUAGUCUCGGAGUAAAGGCUAAGUAAAGACUGUGGGCUGAGGAGCGACAGACCUGGGUUAUGAACGGGAGCUCCCUCGGCGUCUGGCCUAGUUGAAGAGGCAGAGGCACUCUUGUCGACUUUACUCCAACGGGAAGAAAAAAACUUGUUAGCGAUCACUUUAGCCACAGCAGCGCGGCGCUCUAAUUGUUGUCUGAACGAGUCGUUUAUCUUAAUUAGUUUGCCCGUGUCUUUGGAGGAAGCGAAUCUCCGUUCUACCUCGCAGCUUUGUGGUGGCUGCCCUUGAUAAGACACUCGGAUGCAGGAGAGAGUUGUUUGGGGAAGCUGGUGCAUUCAUAGUGUGGAUUAAGGAAGUGACAUUGGUAGCAUUAAUAGAUGGAUUCUAAGCAGCGCAGCGGCAGUGUGUAUGACGAGUGUGUGAUGAGUGUGUGUGGACUUUAACACUGCAGCUCUCCAUAUCCUUCAGCAUGGUAAUCUCCCACAGGGCUUCUCCUCCUCGCGGCUCUGCUAUUCACCGCUCAUCAUUAGGAUGGACUCCGUGUCACUUCUCACUUCAGCGCUUCUCUCUUUCCUUUUCUUAAGGCAAAAGUGGAGCUGCUGAACAAAGCCUCGCCUGGCCUGCUCUUCUUCUUCUCUACUCCAUCUACUCGCUCUCCCUCCCUCCCUCCUUCCCUCCUCUCCUUCCUCUGUCAAAUCACUUCGCUCCUCGGCUGACUGUACCGUCCUGCAGGGCAGUGAAGGUUUUCCUAUUUUUUUAUUUCUUCCUUCUUCCCGUCCCAUGCCCAGGAGGCGUGGAAAUAAAGAGAAACUACACCAGCAAACAAGACAUGUCGAACAAUAGGAGUAUCAUAUAGCAACAAAAACAAAAAAGAUGAGAUGAAGCUGAGAAUAUUAACCUGAAAUGU